UCUGAUUGGUCCUUGGUUAAACUUCUGCUUCGCGAACCCACUGAAGCUGCCAGCUAGACGAGUUGUAUGCACUCCGCAUCACGCCUUUCUCAUUUCGAUCUAAAGCGAUCAUUUCACUCGGUUGGCUGCGUAUCUCACCUUUUCAUCGCACCCUUUUUUUUUCCGGCUUUCUUCUUCUAUUCGGGACGUAUCAGAAUGAGAUCUCGUACCCGGUAACCGCAGUGUUACAAGUUUUGCCGGUGUUUUAUGCCGUUCAUUUGCUCCUUUCUUUGUCCGUUGUGAAACCACACUUGACAGACGUUGUGCCUGGAUGAGGGUAUUACAGCAGAUCAGCCACCAAAACCAUGCGGCUUCUCGAUGUUGAGACACUUCAGCUUGAGCUGUUUGACGAUGGCCCGAAAUGCGCCUACGCCAUUCUCUCCCACACCUGGGGCCAGGAGGAAGUGUCCUUCCAGGACAUGCAAGACCUAGCAAAAGCACCGAGAACAACCUCAACGUUCGUCGAUAGCGGUUAUAGCACAGCAUCGUCGACAAGAAACCAUACUGGACCGAGCGAGCAGUUUGACUUUGCGAACAAUGGAACGGCGCAGCACAAGCCCGUCACUGCCAAACAGGGCUUCUCCAAGAUCUUAGGAUGCUGCGCCAAAGCUCGCACCGAAGGCUAUCGUUACGUCUGGAUAGACACUUGCUGCAUUGACAAGUCUUCCAGUGCGGAGCUCUCUGAAGCCAUCAACUCCAUGUUCAAGUGGUACCAUGAUGCCGAGGUUUGCUACGCCUUCCUCAACGACAUCAGUGUUCCAGAAGUCAUACCACACCACGAAUCGCCCUAUGUGGACCAAUCAAUGUCAGACGGCGGUAACGGCGAUGCGAUGUCCAUCACGGAGGAGAUGAAAGAGCUCCUCUAUGGAAGCAAGUGGUUCACGCGUGGCUGGACGCUUCAAGAACUCAUCGCUCCGUCUGACGUGGUUUUCUGCGAUCGCUUGUGGCGGGAGUUUGGCACGCGCGAGUCACUCAGUGAUGACAUUGCCGCUAUCACAGGCAUUGACGCCGGGCUGCUGCGGAUGGAGAGGAAGCUGGGUGACUUCAGUGUCGCGCAGCGAAUGUCAUGGGCGGCCACACGACGGACUACCAGGAUCGAGGACGAGGCGUAUUGCUUGAUGGGACUGUUUGAUGUUAAUUUGCCGCUGCUGUAUGGAGAAGGACAGAAGGCCUUCAAGAGGCUCCAGUUGGAAAUCAUGAGGCAGUGUUACGAUCCUAGCAUACUGGCUUGGGCUAGCUCGGACUCGUAUGCGGUUAUUGAAGGAGUAUUGGCCCAGUCGCCGAGUAUGUUUGAGAGCUGUGGGGGUAUCUCUUGGAGGGUUGCUGAUGGAGUUAUGGGAGAUCCCUGGAACCCUGAUGGUACUCACCAGUCCAACAACUUCUACCACGAGAUCAUCGGGUCGUCUCUUUUAAAGAUGCACGUUCCGAUAUCAGACUUCAACGCCCGCCAUACCGACGAUCAUAUUGUCUACAGAUCCUACUGGGACGUCUUCGGCUCUCUGGAGGACUCCAUCGUUCACGUCAACCCCCCAACUCCUGUCCCGUUCGAGGGUACCACUGCCGAUUUGAUAUACUUUCCCCGCCGCAUCAAUGAGUUCGAAUCCGCCUAUCUCCACGACAGCCGAUUUCGCUCCUUCAACUACUCGUUCCUCAAGCACAAAGUCAAAGACAUCAUGCUCGUCCCUCUGUUCGGCUGCACCGUCCUCUCACCGACUUCCACACCCGACGAGCGAUACACAGUGGGAAUCACCUUUUGCACCGACUCAGCCGGCCACUUCAAGCGCGUUCAUUUUCCUUCGCGGUUCCUCGUGCCUCCAUCGGACCUCCAGCGUUUCUUUACACCCCCGAAGCCACCUCCAGAGUCCAGCCAACACGGACACUUGCGUGACAAGCAACACCUCACACUACACCUCUCCCUAACAGGCACCGAAAUUCUUCUCCGCCCUCCUGUCCCAAAAUGGGCACGCUGUCUAGUCCGCAUCCCCCCUUCCCUCCUUCCUCCAGCACCUUCAUCAUCAUCAUUUAUACCACACCCUCCCACAACAGCCGUCCAAACCUUCUCCAUCUCCCUCGCCUCCACCCCCAACCUUAUCCCCUCCUCCUUCCCCUCCUACUUCUCCUUUCCCACUCCCUCUCCCUCCAGUUCCACCUCCAUCCAUCCCACCUUUCCCUCCACAACCACCAACAGCAACAGCAACAAUAACAACCCUCGAAUCCUCCUCCUCCCCUGGUCCCUAUCCCACACCAUCCCCGCCCAAGCCGCCGACGGGUCCGGCUGCUGGUACCUCGACCGCUGGAGCGAAGUCACGGACCGCGCCGAUUUCUCGCAACAGCCCUGCUUCAGCUUGCACAAGGCCGGGGUGCCGCGGGCGUUGGCGUUUCGGCACGGUUUGGAUCCGCAGUUGGGUUUCUUGUUGGUUUUUUGGGUGGUGAGAAGUAGUAGUGGCAAAGGAGGGGGGGAUGAUCAUCAGCAGCAGUGGAUUGAAGUUGGGGUCGUGAGGAAUGAUGAGAGGGACGAAAAGGGGGGACUGGGGAUGGGGGUCUUGUGGGCGAGGACGGAGAAGGACUUGAUCAAGGUUUUGGGAGGGAAGGAGUGGUGGAUGAUGGGGGGGAUAGGGACAGGAACAGGAACACGGAGCGGAACAGGAAGUGGAAGGAGGAAAAGAAGGAGGAGGGAAUGGGAGUUUGAAAUUGGGGAGGGGAUGGUGUUGAGGGUGAAGAUUAGGAAGAAUCCGGAUUAUGACAUUGCUGUUUUGGAUUUCAGGGAGAAUAGGCAUAAACAAAUGGGAUGAUGUGAUGCAUGAUGAAAUAUCUACCUCUACGUUUUAAGUGCAAG